GGGCUCCUCUCACAUCCCUGAUGGGAUCUCCCCUCUCAGCCCCCCUCCCUCUCGCAUCCUUAAAUUGUGCAUUUUCCUCCCAUUCCUUCCUCUUCUGCCCAGUGAGAAGCAUUGAUCUGCAGCUCUCACAGCUCCUGUCCCUUCCCCUCCCUCCUCCCUGGCUCUGGGUAGCAGCAUCCCUCCUGCCAAGCAUCACUUUGGGCUCCUAACACUUGGACUACCUGUGCCAACCUCUUACCCAGCUCAGUGGCAGCUCACAACAUGCACACCCAUCCCUGGCACCACAAUCACCUCUGCAUGUAGCACCUAAAGGUCAGGAACUGGCAGGCAUCAUGCACUCUGAAGUCAACAUGAGUUCUUGCAAGUUUAUGAAUCAGGACGUUGAGAACAGAAUAAACAAGAUUCCAAAACAUGUCCAGGGCGGGCCGGUGGUGGUUACCAAACGGACUGUGGUCAUGGCAGAACCAGAGAAAAGGCGACGGCAGAGAUACGUGGAAAAAGACGGUAAAUGCAACGUCCACCACGGCAACGUGCGGGAAACGUACAGGUACUUCACGGACAUAUUUACCACCUUGGUGGAUCUCAAGUGGAGAUUUAACUUGUUGGUCUUCACAAUGGUCUACACCACUACUUGGAUUUUCUUUGGGUUUAUUUGGUGGCUUAUUGCCUACAUCCGCGGAGAUCUGGACCACAUUGAGGAUUCCAGUUGGACGCCCUGUGUGGACAAGUUGAAUGGAUUCGUAUCCGCUUUUCUGUUCUCCAUUGAAACUGAGACGACUAUUGGCUACGGUUACAGAGUCAUUACAGACAAGUGUCCAGAGGGCAUUGUCCUCCUGUUGGUCCAGGCUAUCCUGGGCUCCAUCGUCAAUGCUUUCAUGGUAGGCUGCAUGUUUGUCAAAAUCUCCCAGCCAAAGAAACGGGCAGAAACCCUUAUGUUCUCCAACCAGGCAGUCAUCUCCGUGAGGGACGGGAAGCUGUGCCUGAUGUUCAGAGUGGGAGACCUGAGGAACUCACAUAUAGUGGAAGCCUCUAUCCGAGCGAAACUGAUCAAGUCCAAGCAGACGAAAGAGGGAGAAUUCAUCCCACUUAAUCAGACGGACAUCAAUGUGGGAUUUGAUACUGGAGACGACCGUCUGUUUCUGGUUUCCCCGCUCAUUAUUUGCCAUGAGUUCAACGAGCAGAGUCCCUUCUGGGAAAUCUCCAAGGAUCGGCUGGGGAAAGAAGAGUUUGAGAUAGUGGUGAUUCUGGAAGGGAUGGUAGAAGCCACAGGCAUGACGUGUCAAGCUCGGAGUUCUUACGUGGAAAAUGAAGUGCUCUGGGGUCACCGCUUCAUGCCCGUCCUGACCCUGGAGGAAGGCUUUUAUGAGGUAGACUAUGACACUUUUCACAACACGGACGAGACGCCGACCCCAAGCUGCAGCGCCAAAGAACUGGCGGAGCAAAACGCUAAAGGCGAGAACCUCCUGCUGUCCAGCGGCAAAAACAAGCCCCACCCGGAAGAUCAAGUGCAGGAGAUCACGGAACAGAAAGUGGAGCCCCUAGUGGCCAACGGGGAUAUGAGCAAGACCAAGCUGGAUAUUCCCCAGUAAAGAAAGGAAACCACAUUGGGGCUUUUUAAAAUCAAAAACUGUGCCUGUUGCUUUUUUUUGGGACCGACGUCUUAUUCAGCGAGACUAUUGGUUGUCCAAUUUUGUGCCAAAUGUGUAAACUAUUCUGUAUGUUGGGGAGUCCAUCUCAUCUGGUUUUUAUAUAGUAAACUUUUAGUAUGUUAUAGAAUGGCUUAUUCUAGGCAACUUUUCAAUCUUUCUUCUUCCUCUUCCAGCGUUC